AUGAAUGCUGGCAAUAUGUAUACAAUUUUACAAAACGGUGCUCUAAAUCGACCAAAUGGUAUGAAAAAGCGGAAAACUACGCGAGAUGAAGACACACAAUCAGUGAAUAACAACCUCAGUUCAGUUUCGAUGGAAUUAAUGGAUAAAUUGAAUGUUGGUCUCUCAAAUAUCUGGAAUCGAUCUUUGCUGGAAAAUCAAUCCGGGCCGAUGAUGAAGCAUGAUGGAAAUGUAUGGACAAAUUUGAUUGGACUGGACAGUGUUAGGAACCGGGCUCCAUUUGAAAUACCCGCCCUUAAUCAGUUUUUGGACACAACGGGAAGACUGGAUCAAAUCAAUCAGCUAAUCCAGUUUUUUAUGCAAAACUCUGUGCCCGGAGCAUUUAAUCCUUUUUGGAAUACGAACGCCUCCUCGUUGGACACCGCUACCGUUUCGGCAUUUCGAAACCCAAAUACGAUAACCGAUGAGCGUGUUGUUCCUCUGAUUGAUUUAAGUCGUCGAACUACCACAGUUCCGGCUGACGAUAAACCAUCAGAUUCAAUCGUUCGAUCAACCAACCCACACAUAAUAUCAAAACGUCCUCUAACUACGAUCGAGGGUACUGUUACUAGUAUUAGUCAUGCGAAACCAAUACGAACAAAUCGAUUUUCUAUCCCCGAUCUUCUUGAUCGCGGUGAUGACGAGGAUAGAGUCGAUAAAGCAUCGACUCCAACAGCACUUAGAUGCACUCGAACAAGCCCGGCAAGCACAGCUGUCCUGGCCACAAGGUCCAAUCUGAGAACCUCCGCCCCUGACUUGCCUCAUCCAUCCAGUUGUACAACAAUAAAACUCAAGCAACGUCUGUCAUCACCUGUGGAUGUGGAUACUCCGCAUCAUUCCGUGAUUCAGUGCUCCAGUCCAGACUCUAAUCAGACAUCCAGUGGGUCCGCCGCAUUCAAACCACACAAUACUGUGACACACGACUCUAGUUCGACUACACGAUCGGAUCGACCAUUUUGUUGUCAUCUAUGCACCAAAAUUUACUAUUCCAUGUCCGCGCUAAAAAUGCACGUCCGCACACAUACACUGCCAUGUAAAUGCACACUGUGUGGCAAAGCGUUUUCGCGAAUGUGGCUCCUAAACGGGCAUUUGCGUACGCACACGGGCGAGAAACCGUUUGCUUGCGUGAUCUGUGCGCGUGCGUUUGCCGAUCGGUCCAAUCUGCGAGCUCAUAUGCAAACGCAUUCGGAAGUCAAACGGUAUCGUUGUGUGCAUGGUUGCAUAUUCGAUUCUGUGAGGAACCAUGUGUCCCAGUGA